AUGCCCCUCACCCACCCCCGAAUCUCCCAAAAAGCCCUCACGCAAAAAAUCCACGAACUCUACAACCGGCCCCCAACGCACGAUGAACUCACCGCCAUCCAAGCCUAUAGACCCUACUCCGGCCGAUUGCCCUUACAAAAAGACUGGGCGGAUCAGUAUGUUCCUCCUUCCCUCAUGUUCCAUCGAACCCUGAAAUGGUAUAAAAGCCCCAUCAAGUACUUAUGUUGAGAUAUACAUACAAACUAAACCCCUCUCUACUCAACACCACAAACCCCCAAACACAAACCCAACAUCCUCACACCCACUAACAAAACACUUCCAAAAACAGAACCCCCCAAGGCCUACAAAUCCACCAUCUCCUCCAAAGAUUCCGCGAAGUAGGGGAUGUGAAUGAUCUAGCGAGGGCGGGAGGGUUAAUAGAUAACUCUUCUUCCAUCGUGGCUGUUGCGACUUCUCAAACCCAUCCUCACCUUCAUCAUCACCCUUUGAAUACUGCCUUCGUUGCUGGUUCUCAAAUGCAAACGCAAUCUCAAUUUCAACCUCAUAUUCACUCUGUGUAUCAGAAUCAAAAUCAAUUCCAUCGUCAUUUUUACGCUCACCCUCAAAACCAAAACGAAGGCAAGAAUCAAGGUAAGAUAUCUCUUUCUUUCACAAGUAGCACUCUACAUAAACUAACUCCAACACAAAAAGUCAGUCUCAGUACCAGUACCACCACCACCACCACCACCAACACCCACGCCUUCACUUUCACCCACCCCGUCCCAACAACUCUACCACAAUCUCAAGAGCCUCCACCAACACCCAACCGAAAUCUCAUCCUCACCGCCAAAGUAGCAUUACAACUCCUCGAAGAGAUAGAGAAGUCUAAGGAUACAGCCACGGCUUCUCUCCAACUCUAG